AUGUCCAGCCCUGAAGAGACGCAAAUCAUCGAAGAGCAGCGCCGUCUCUCUCAAAAUGGGGUCCUGAACGCCGGGUUCAUCCACCUCCCGCCAACGGACGCUCCGUCGACGCUGCAACAAACGCUGCAGCUUUUGCAACAGCAAUUGGCACAGCAACAGCAACUACUAUCGCAGCUCGUGCAACAGCACCAACAGCAGUCGCAGCCACCGAACCCUGAUCAGCAGCUUGUUCCGAAACCGAGCUAUCCGGAGCUAAUACUGGAUGCCCUUGCGGGCAAUAUAAGUGAAUUCCGUUACGAUCCAGAAGCAGGACUGACCUUCGAAUCGUGGUACGCACGGUACAUUGACCUGUUCCAGGAGGAUGCAUCACGUUUAGACGACGCCGCCAAAGUUCGGCUCCUGGGACGCAAACUGGGAACCGCCGAACACGCCCGGUUUAGUAACUUCAUUUUGCCUCGUGUACUGCGUGAUUUCAGUUUUAGCGAAAUGGUGGAAAAGCUAACUGUCCUCUUCGGCAAAAUGGAAUCCGUGUUAAGCAAGCGCUUCAAAUGCUUUAAUAUUUCAAAAACGUGCACCGAGGACCUGCUAGCAUUUACAUGCCGUGUUAACAAAGCGUGCGUCGAAGCGGAAUUUUCUUCGAUGACGGAGGAUGAUUUCAAAUGUCUCAUCCUUGUAUGUGGGUUGAAGGACGAAAGCGUACGGGACAUACGAAUGAAAUUGCUAGCCGCCAUCGAAGACAAGAAAUACGCCCCCCUGGAGCAGCUUGCAGCGGAAUGCCAACGGUUAGUGCGUGUGAAAGCUGAUAGUGCCAUGAUCGCCACGGAUACCAGUGAACGAGUGCAUGCAAUGCACGCCAGAAGCAGCCGCCAGUGGCACCGGAACAAUAACGGCAACGAGCGCCAUACCAAGUCAGCCCCCCGAAGAACAGCGGAAAUAUGUUCCUGGGAAGAGAAAUUUUCAACGGUUUUUAGCGGAACGAGCCUGUGCACCAAGGUACAAAUACAUCUACAGCUGCGACAGGAAAGCAGACCAGUUUUUCGACCGAAACGUCCGGUCGCAUACGCCAUUGAAGAUGCUGUCAACAACGAAUUAGAUCGACUUGAAAAGCUGGGGAUCAUUACUCCCUGCGACUAUUCGGAUUGGGCAGCACCAGUCGUAGUAGUGCGCAAAGCGAACGGCAAAAUACGACUAUGCGGAGACUAUAGCACUGGACUCAACGCAGCAUUACAUCCACAUGAGUAUCCGCUCCCGUUACCGCAAGAUAUUUUUUCGAAACUAGACCGUUGCGUCACAUUUACACAAAUUGAUCUGUCCGAUGCAUUUUUGCAGGUGGAAAUAGAAGAAAAGAGCCGACCCCCGCUUACCAUCAACACGCAUCGAGGCCUUUACUAUUAUAAUAGGCUACCUCCAGGCAUCAAAGUAGCUCCUGGUUCUUUUCAACAGAUCAUGGAUAAAAUGCUCGCCGGUGUAAAUGGAGUCUCCGCCUACAUGGAUGAUGUGAUUGUCGGCGGAAAGACGCAGGAAGAGCACGAUGCCGCCCUAAAAGAAACCCUGCAGCGAAUAAAGGACUAUGGGUUUACCAUCCGCAAAGAAAAGUGCUCAUUCAACAAACCGGAAAUUCGAUACCUAGGGCAUAUCAUCGACAGCCGAGUUCAUUCCUAA